UUUUAAACUAGAGCCUAUAUCAGAUACUAUCUUGCUGAUGAAGGCAAUCCAUGCAUAAUACAUUUGGGAUCACACUAUGUACACAGAAAAAAUUAAAAUCCAUACCCUUCUUCAUAUCUCUUAUCUUUCUUAUUUCUGUGUGGGUCUUAUCUCCCAUGCAUGAAAUUUCGGUUACAACUCUGAUCCCAAUGUGAAAAAUAACAUAUCAUAAUAGACAGUGCAUGUUCGUACAGUUUCAGUUUGAUGAAGAAAGAUAACGAAACCACACGAGUGAAACAAAAAUGACAAAACAAUUAUUCAUAAUUUAAACCCCGCGUGAUGUACUUUAUCAUAUAAUAAAACUUGCCCAACUAAUGUCAAAUUCUUUAGAUUUAAUAUCUCUGUGGACCUUAAAUCAAUCAUCUAUAAAUACACAUGUCCCUCACCAUUGUGCUUCUCAUCAUAAAACCAUCUACAUCUCUCUAUUCUUCAGUUUUAUUUGACCUCUCCUUCUAUAUUCUCAAAAUGAAGAACAAGUUCAUAAAAGCCUGUGAAAACAAAUUCAAAACCAUGAAGAGCAAAUCUAUAGUCAUACAAUGUUGUACUUCAUUUUCCUGUGAGAGUUGCUACGAGAAGGUUUCUUGGGGUUUCAAGAAAGAAAAUGAAGUCAUACCCAAAGAUGUUCCAAAAGGACAUUUGGUAGUGUAUGUAGGCGAUGAUUACAAGAGGUUUGUGAUAAAGAUGAGUUUGCUUAAACAUCCGAUCUUCAAGGCAUUGCUUGAUCUAGCUCAAGAUGCUUAUGACUUCAGUUCUGAUUCAUCUAAACUAUGGAUUCCAUGUGAUGAGAACACUUUCCUCGAUGUGGUUCGUUGCAGUGGCGCUCCUCAACAACAAAGGAACUGCAUUUACAUGUACAUGUAAGAGUGAGGAUGCUCAAUUUAUUUUGUAUUAUCAUCUGUGGAUCUGUGUUUCUAGAGAGAAUUCAAUAUUGGUUUAGAUCGUAUAUAAAGUAUAAACUAAUUAAGUACAAAAAUUAUUUAUAAGCGUGAAUUAUGUAUUACAAGUAUAAGCAAGAGACAAUAAACAUGCAGCAUCUACAAAUGUUUCAACAUUACAAAAGAUUUUUGUUUCUCACACAUCUCAAGACAUGAAGCAAAACUUUUAAGACAUGGUUGCCUCUGUUCUCUGUCAUUAAACAAACUUCAAACUCUUGUUUUAUGGAGAUACUGUCAAAGAAUCUAGAAUCAUCAAUUUCCAAUUUCUGUUUCAUAUAUAUCAUACAAAGUGACACCAUUCGCCUUGCAAUUAUUCACUGGUUACACAUUCAACUCAAACAUAUAAGAAAAAAAAAAAGAACAAAAAAAGCAAAAGCAAUUAGAAAACAGAGUAAAACAGAGGCAUGCGAUCUUAGCAUA